CCAUAGCUCCAAUCUGUAUAAAGUGUAAUCAUAUCCAUACCUCUGCUUAGCGCUAUGUUUGCGGGUUAUGAGUCUUUAAGUCUUGAGCUUUUCUAGUUUUUGAGAUUGUUUGGAUUGAAGUUUGUGAAUUUGAAUCUUAAUAGGAAGAUUGGGGUCCAUGUCCUGGUCAGUCACUGAUGAUAUCUUUGUCUCCGCUUCACUGGCAAGCUAUCUUGACAGAAAACUUCUGGUCUUGACGGGAGAUGGUCGGAAGCUCCUGGGAAAACUUCGCUCUUUUGAUCAAUAUGCAAAUAUUGUUUUAGAAGGUGCAUCUGAGCGGGUUACCGUAGGAGAUCUUUACUCUGAUAUUCCCUUAGGACUGUACAUAAUCCGUGGGGAGAAUGUCGUCUUAAUAGGAGAACUGGACCUGGAUAAAGAGGAGCUUCCCCUACGUAUGAUUCGAGUAUCAGCACCAGAAAUUGAAAGGGCUCAGAAAGCAGAAAGGGAAGCCGCUGACUUGAAAGGAACCAUGCGAAAGAGAAUGGAGUUUCUUGACAUUGAUUAGCGGAAAAAAUUAUUGGUUAAACAUCACCAAUAAAUACUGUAGAGUUUCCUUGUUGUAUAUAUGGAGAUUACCCAA